GGUGAUAAUCUUAAUUAUCAAUUCAAUUUUAUCCUUAAAUUCUUCUUGUUUAUGCAAUAUCAAAAUUCCAAAUAUCAAAUCCAAUUAGUAUUCAGUGCCACUGAAGUUUAUUUGGUGUUGUGAUCUGUGCUUUGAAAUUUUAAAACGAAGGAAGGGAAUCAAACGUGAUUUCAGCAGUAGAAAUAUGGUUAAUCAAGAUAAUAAACCCGGAAAUACUGUUUUAGACAGUUUUUCAAAAUUGACGAACUCUCAUGAGAGCGUCAGAAUUAAAAGUGCGACAGAUCUCCUGAAGCAUUUGACGGAAAACGGGGAAGACGCAAAGGAUGGCAGGGAGAUAAAUUAUGCAUUAAAACGUCUCAUUAGAGGUUUAGGAGCCUCAACCUCGACUGCUCGUAUAGGCUACUUUACAACGUUAACUGUUUGGUUAAAUUUAUUGGACAAUGUAGACAUUCAGACCAUUUUGCAAUUUGUGGAAUCUGAACUGCACAAGUCCGGUAAAAAUAGCGAUUCGGAGAACGCGGAUAUUUGUAUCGGCCAGAUUCUAACAUGCGGGGCUUUGAUCAGGUCUAAUUUGUGGUAUAAUUUCAACAAUGACAACAGAAGAAAGGUUAUUGAUACUUUUGUUGGUGUUAGCAAAGAAAGGAGCUAUCUAGGCAUCGUCGGUUUCUCCUUUUUGGUUCAGUUGCUUGAUCAGUUGAAUGAAAAUGAAGUUGAGAAAACCAUUAUGCCACUAGUUAAAUCAGAGAUUGAGAAACCAUGGUCAGAACAGACCACAGAUACUCUAUAUCUUCUUUUAAAGUUGCAAGAGAAAUGUCCUAGGCUUGGAAAUAAAAAAAUGUUCAGAAAUACUUUGGGAAGUCCGGAAUUUGUUUGCGAAGAAAGUAUAGAACCUUUAUGUAAUAUAUUAAUGAAAAUUCCUAGAGUAACAUCUAUAGAGCAUCCUAUUUAUAAUGAAAUUGUUAAAAAAGUCCCACCUAAUAAGAUUCAAAUCUUCUUUGAGGAACUGGACAAGCAUCUGAAAACUCCAAAUAGGAAUAAGCUUUUAAUUUUUAUUAAAAUCCUUUCCAACAUGUGCACCUACAUUUCAAGUCAAGAUGUGGAACAUUUCAAGCAAAUUCCUGAAAUAUUUACACAAAACUUUAUAAAACAAAUGUUAGCAUAUUUCAAAUUGCUAUCUGGUCCAAAGAGAGACAAACAAUUUUGCGAUUCAGUUCACAGAUUGUUUGAGGUCCUUCUUAAUACCUUGAAGGUGGAUAAAGUGGAGGCUAAAACGAAAAUUGCUGUGUUAAAAAAGUUUCUUUUUAAACCAGGCACAUUUAUUUUUGAGAAACGUACCAAGAGCAAAAUUGUGCAGCAAAUAACAGCAACUUUAGAUCAAGAGGGAGUGAAAAGUCUAGCAUUAAUGUAUCGGGCAGUUAUAGAAGGCAAAGAAAGACUAGAUAGUGAUGAACUCUGGCUUAAUAUGGAUAGGCUGUAUAGUGCUCACUUAUUUAUAAAACUUCUAAAUCAUCAUAGCAUGAAAAUUGAGAAUGAUUGGAAGGUUGAACAACUUAGUUUUCUUAUGACAGUUUCUUUAUUUAGGGACAUUAACGGCAUUAGUAUUGGACGGGAGCUUGCCGAUUCAUUGAAGAAUGCAUUCUUUGGGGCAUUGGACUUAAAACUGCCCAAAUUAGAAGAUUUGCAAGACAUUUUAUUUCAUUUAAAUGAAAAUUUGAAUUCAAAACUCAAUCCAGAAAAUUUAUCAACUGAUCUGCGGUCACCCAUAACUCUUCAACACUUUGAACUCUGGCAGAAAACACUAGCAAUUAUUCAUAAGUUGGAAAAAAAGAAGAAGAAGGGACUGAAGUCUGUGUUCCUAACAUUAUUUUUGCACAUGAACUUGCAGCUAUUCAAUGAUGUUGAACUUGCCACUGACUCUCUAAAUGAACUCCACAGCUGUUACAAACGUCUCAAGGCAGAUAAGCUAAACAAAACCACUGAAGAGGACGGACAGGAUCCUUUGUGGAUAGAGGUGGUUGUGGAUUUGUUCUUGAAUCUGCUUUCUCACAAUUCGCACCUAUUGAGAAACUUAAUUAAAUGUGUUUUUCCUCAUUUGUGUGAAUAUAUGACGUCGACCACAAUUCACCAGGUUGUGUCAGUUUUGGACCCCAAAAAUGAAGAUCCCCUCUCAAAGAAUUACAAUGACUCGGACUCCGAAGAUGAGGAUGGAGAUACAGACCACAGUGGGAUAGAGUCUGAUGGAGGAGAAGAAGAAGAGGCAGAAGACGAUAUUGCAGAAGUAACAUCAAAUGAAAAAUUAAGAAUGGCUUUGCAUCAGGCUUUGUCUGAAGGCAAGCAAUCUGAUGAUGAAAGUGUGGAUUUAGAUGAAAUUACUGAUGAACAAGGAGAAAAACUUGACCAGGCUUUAGCAAAUGUGUUUAAACAGUUCAAACCCAACCAUGGGCGAAGGAAGAAGCAGACCAAAGAUGAAGAAUCUUUGACCCAUUUUAGGGUCAGAGUUUUAGAUUUGGUGGAGAUAUAUCUAGAAUCUAACCCUCCUAUGCUCCUAACUUUGCAAAUCAUGCUCCCACUAUUGCAAGCAGUGGAGUUUAGUAUUCGGAACAAUCACCAGACACCAUUAAAGGAUAGACUAAAUGCUGUUUUGAAGAAACUAGUUGGAUUAAAGAAGUUUUCUAACACAGAAGGAGUUACAGGCCAGAUUUUGUUGGAUCUGUUGAAAAGUUUGUUAGAAAAAGGCACUAAGAAUGUCAUCAUUAUACAAGAUAUGGGUGAGCAAAUAUCAGAUUGCUGUGUGUUUGUAGUUAAGUGUGCUGAAGUGUUAAGAAACACAGAAGGAGUGCCAAAAAAAGUAAAGAAACUCAUAAAAAGAGAUAUUUUGGAGGUACUAAGUGGGGAGUUGCACAAUUUUUUUACAAGACGAGAUUGUUUGACUCCCUAUGUGUUAUUUAAGUCUUUGUUACAGCUGUGUUGGGUGGGAAAUGUGGGGUUGGUAUCAAUUUUAUUUCAAUUUUUGUUUAGCGAAGAGGUUAAGCAGUUUAAGAAAACCCAGGCCGCAGAAUUAAUUAAGAUUUUUUAUAGCAACAAUCGCUUUUUGAAAGAAAAUGCGGAAAAAAUUCAGAAUCAGUUAUGUGAAGAUCAUAAUACAUUUUCUCAGAAAAUAACAGAAUACUUUAGAGAUUUAUGUGAUAAUUCUGAAAAAAAACAAGUUAAAGAACGCUUCAUUUAUAAUUUAUUUCAUUUAAUGAAUGCUAUGAAACAGUGCCCACUAAACAUAGGCAUUGAAUGGGACAGUAUAGCACAAGUAAUUCGCGAGUAUAGGAGCUACAAAACAUUUUCUAAGGAUGCGAAGUCCGCAUUUAACAAAUUAUGUUCGAGUUUGCAUGUCUCAAAGGUUGUCAAAAUGAAAAACAAACCCAUCACAGUGCCAGAGAUGGAUAUUAGUAAAGAAAACGAAAUUAUGAAAAUUGAAAAGAAAAAACAGAAGAAAGCAAACAAAGAGAAAUUGAAGUUGAAAAAGGAAGCCAAGAUGUUUAGGUUGGAAAGUUUGUCACAUGGAUUGACAAGUUCCGUAAACUUCAGUGAAGCACAAGAAGUGGAUAGAGAUUCUGACAGUGAGCAUCAGUUAGAAUUGAAAAAGAAAAAGAGAAAAAACAAAAUUGUAAAAGAAGAUAAUAGUAUUCUAAUAAAAAUGACAAAUGGUGCGGGUUCGGAUAUAGAAACUAUUCCAAAUAAGAAACAAAAAGUCAGACAUUAGUUUAUUUAUAAAUCGUUUUUUAAAUAAAUACAUUAUAAGUAGAACUGUUAGAUAACUGCUAAUUUUGCGAACCCCAGAGAGCUAUGUAAACAUUAACCUACCAUUCGUCACUCCGAUGUCCAUUCGGGAUUCCUUCGUUUCUGUGGUUUUGAUAAAUGCAGAUAAUAUGGAGGCGCUAAAUAAGUGCAGUUACUCGCGCCUAAUUAAUUUUAUGUCGUCAUAUCAAUUUUUUUUCCCUUAAUAUUAACACAACCCAAAAAGAAAACGUCGGUAUACAAGAGAAAGUGACCAAGUCCAAAAUUCACGAUUUUUGGGUUAUAAUGCUCAUGUACCUGAAAUUCAAUAUUAUUUUUAAUGAAAAAAUGAACAAGUCCAAAAAUGCCAUAAUAAUGCUUAUAACUUCAAAUUCCAUAAUGACCAAGUCCAUUGUGUAAAAACAUAUACAGGAGAAAAUGACUAAGUGGACUUGGUCAUCUUUUCCUGUUAAUAUUUUUAUCUCUCUAGGACGUGACUCUUGAGUAAUGCUCGAGUGUUGUCAAAUUCAUUGACGUUUUCAGUUUAAAUAGUUUAUGAUAAUAUUACUUAAAGUAAAAUACAAUUGUGUUGUAGGUUUUUAGACA